CUGCGGUCGAGAUGGUGUCGGCGUCGUCGAGCGGCCACCGCAAGAAGAAGAAGGUCAAGAAGAGCGCCAAGCGCAAGCCCGUGAACCUGCAGGCCAACUUCAACCGCGACACAGCAUGCGGCGACUUCCAUCUGCACAGUGUGUGCAGCGACGGCAAGCUAAAGCCCAGCGAGGUGAUCACCAAGGCGGCGGCCAAUGGCGUCACGUACAUGUCGCUCACAGACCACGACACGAUGGCCGGGGUGAGUGAAGCCAUCGCCGCCGCGCAGAAGCUGGGCGUGCUGGUCUUCCCUGGUGUGGAGAUCAGCGCCGAGGUGAAGGGCGGUGAAAACCUGCACAUCCUGGGCUACUUCUACCCGGGCUCGAACAGCGCUGAGCUGGAGAAGCAGCUGCUGAAGAUCCGCACGGGUAGACACAAGCGCGGCAAGGGAAUGCUCAAGAAGUUGGAAGCGAUGGGUAUUAAGCUUAGUUGGGAACGUGUGCUGGAGAUUGCCGGGGAAGCGGCGCCUGGCAGACCCCACGUGGCAGAAGCGCUUGUGGAAGCAGGUCAUGUCGCCAAUUUCAGGCAGGCCUUCGCGCG